AUGCCCGGCGCAUUCUUUGACAGCCACACAACUGGCGUCCACCCCAACGUCUUCCGACCGCCUACCACGCCGUCAGCCUCGUCGUCCAUUCACCUCGGCAAGUCCACCGCCAGCGUUGGCCCCGAGAACGGCAGUCUUGCCGCCCACGUCAAGAGAAAGCGCGCUCGUGCCGAUACGUCGCGCGAGCAGACUCCCCUUCAAGAAUGGUCUGAUGCCAACAUCAAUGCCGAUGGCCUCACCGACAGAAACCGCACACCGGCGGCAAAGGUUGGACAUGGACAGCCCACGGAGCGCUACACCCUAGCCGGCCAGCUCGAGACGCCCGGUGGUUUCCAUGCUGCAGGUGGACAUGGUCGACUCGAGGAGAGCCUUUGUUCCGACAGCGAUUACCGAAAGGCUCUCGGCUCGAAACGACACCCGGUCGAGCUCGACUCGCCAAUGAAUGGCCAUCCCACCUUGCUUGUCAAGCCCAGCCAGCAGCCAGCAGGCGAAGGCUGGAGCCGCUUUGCGUUCAACGCCAUCGGCGGCGUCAUGGGCAAGCGCCUUGUACCUGCGUCACCGACGAAGGCUGUGACGCACGCAGAGAAGCCCAGGGACUACUUUUCACCGAGAAUUCCUCAGCCUUCGACGGGAAAUGAUGCAAACGUCCCUGGCGGCUUUCCCCAAUCUGACUACAUGCCUUACAACCCUGAAAUUCUCGAAGCUUUAACGCCCGAUUCGACACCAUCCCGACCCGCUGUCAAACGCAGGCAGGUCAGUGAGAACGACGAGCUGCGUCGCAACUGGAUCAUGGUCGAUGAAGGCUCGCCCCUCGAGCAACCGCGUACCGCCUCGAGAGCCUCACUGCGCCCGCCGUCGCGAAACUCGCGGCCCUCCAUGACGACCGGCCGCCGAAUCAGCGUGCCCGUCUCGCGUCUCAAUACUACUCCGUCCAAGGCCCGUCGGAACUCGCUCCGCAGCCCGCAUGCCGUGUCACCGGCCCGUACCGCUCGAGAACCACCCGCCAGUACUGCCAGCUGUGCCAGCGUCCGCUCUCCUCGGGCCUGUUCGCCUGGCCCGCUGUCGCCGCUUUCGCCAAGCCGGAUCCCUAUCCCCUCUCAGCAAGCUGGCCGCGGCUCCAACCCCUUCUCACGACCCUCGAGCUCGGCGGGCCACUACCGAAGCAACAGCUGCGUCACGUCGCCCAUCCGGCCGGCCCUGAGCCACCGCCGGACACAUAGUGGUGCCUCAGCUGCUUCGGCUCGUGUCCAGACGUCGCGUGAUAACGAUGACAACGUGGACGCGAGUCCCAGGCUAAGCAUGGAAGCCAAAAAGCUUGCCGCUAAGAGGCGAAAGGAGGAGCAGGACGCCGACCUGCGCAUCAACGAUUUCAACUACAGGCUGAAAGAGAUGAUCCGCCAAGGUCGGGAAGCCCUUGGAACCACAUUUGAGGUAGACGAUGAUGCAGGUGGCUGGGAGUCGGAACACUGA